AGACAACACACUCACACGCUGAGUCAGUCACAAAGUCAGAGAGAGCAACAGAGGGCUUUAACAUCUUGAAAGCUGCUUUAUGCUUUCUCGUGGCCGAAAGCCUUGACAGCAUAAGCAUGUCCGGCCUCCUCACCCUCAGCAGCCUGGGCAGGAUCUGCGGCUCCAGCCACAGCAAUGAAAUGGUAGUUUUGGACCGGGUCAAGAGGAAGAACUCGGUCAGGCGCAUGUCAAUUAUUGAAGAUGGUGAAAUUGCCGAGGUUCUCUACCUUAUUCCUAAACAGUCCAUGAUGGAGCAGCUGCCUUUCAUCAACCCCAACGACUACCUCCUGUGUGAGAAGUUGGACGGUAUUCCUGCAGAGAUGUCUGUGCUACAUGCUCAGAAUGGCUGCCACCCAUGCUCUCCACGGGGGAAGCGGGUCAUCCAGUGCUUCCGGUGUGGGGAGCCGUGCAAGGGAGAGGUGCUGCGAGUCCAGACCAGCUACUUCCACAUGAAGUGCUUUACCUGCAAAGUGUGUGGCUGUGACCUGGCUCAUAGUGGCUUCUUCGUGAAGAACAGUGACUACCUCUGCCCGCUGGACUUCCAGAGGCUUCACGGCACGCUCUGCAACAACUGUGGGGAAUUUGUGGAGGGACAGGUGGUCACAGUUUUGGGGAAGACUUACCACCCAGUCUGCUUUGUGUGCACCUUUUGCAAACAGCCCUUUCCUGCUGGGGAUUGUGUCACCUUCAGCGGAAAGAACUGCCUCUGUCAGCGCUGUAUCCAACCUGUGUCUCCUACUCCUAACGGCAUCAGCUGUUCCAGUAACUGCUCUGGUUGUGGUAGAGACAUCAAGAAUGGCCAGGCUCUGUUAGCGCUGGGCAGCCAGUGGCACCUCGGCUGCUUCAAGUGUAAAACCUGCAGGAAAGUGCUGAGCGGAGAAUAUAUCAGCAAGGAUGGGGUUCCCUAUUGUGAGAGAGACUACCAGAUUCAGUUUGGUGUACAAUGUGAAGCAUGUCAGAAGUUUAUUACUGGAAAGGUCCUAGAGGCAGGGGAGAAACAUUAUCACCCCAGCUGCGCGAGAUGCAGCCGAUGUGAGAAAAUGUUCACAGAAGGUGAAGAAAUGUAUCUGCAAGGUCAGUGUGAGAAAGUACCUGAUGGUGAGGAUAUACAUUUAGGCUUGGAUGAAUAUCUUACACCCUCCCUUUCUUUUUUCUUCCCUUCACCCCCCCUGAUUCCCACUAGAUCCUCAUCCGAAAGCUCCUGUUCCAGGCCGGGAUCAUGCACUCCGGGGAGUCCUGGUCGAACGAUCUGUGCAAAACUAGAUAAUGAGAUCAUUGAUUACCGAGACUUAGCAGCCAUUCCCAGAGUCAAGGCUAUAUAUGAUAUAGAGCAUCCUGAAAUGAUAUCUUAUAAGUCUGUGAACUACAACUCAUCUACUUUGGACAACAAAGGCAACAGACAGGAAAAGCAAAGCCCUUCAGAGUCACCAGGAAACGUAAAUGAAACCCCAGAGGAGAGUUUUGAAGUCAGAAAGUGCAUACCAACAUCUACAAGCCACAGAUCUUUCGGAGUUCAUGUGACAUACAAUCGUCACAGCUACACUCCAACUCUGUCCAGAUCACCACAACACUUCCACCGGCCAGGAUUGAUGCUUUCUCCCUCUUUAUUCUCUGGCAACAAUGACACAUGCCCCACUUCCCCUUUAUGUCACCACUUUCUCCCUCCCACCAAAGAUGAAGGCUUCAACAUGUACAGGAGGCCUCCAAUUUAUAAACAGCAAGAUCCAAAUUCCUUCACAUCCCAAACGUCCUCUCUGCCUGGAUAUGGUCGCAGUGGCCUCAAUCCGCCACAUUCAGCUGAUUUCUCCCAUUACAGCAGUGACAGAUUCAGAGACUUUAAGCUCAUCCAUGACGGUCAACAUCCAUUAGCACCAAUGGAAAGAGGAGUGUCUAUGCCUAAUUUGUUGGAACCAAAAGCAAGUAUUGUUUGUAUAUUUAUGUGUACUAGAUCAUUUGUCAAAUUAAAAAAAAAUGAAACAAGAACAAGACUGGAGCGACACCUAUCCCCGGACUCAUUCUAUGAGAUCUUUGGCAUGGAUAGUCAAGAAUUCAACAUACUUCCACUGUGGAAACGUAAUGACAUGAAGAAGAGGGCAAAUCUCUUCUAAAUGCUGCCUAAUGCACUCAUUGUUGAUAUGCAGUGCAUGUCAAGUUCUGAUGACCCCUUAUGUUUAUUUAUUUGCAUUUGACACAAAAAUUUGAUUUAUUUUUUUUUUGCCCAAGAACUGGACACAAUAUUGUGUUUCCCAGUUAGUUUCUGUAGGCUAAUGUUUAAAUGUGUAAUA